AUGACACCACCUUUGACUAGAGCACCCUCAUUGAAGGAGCGUCUUUCGAGCACCGGGGCUUCGUUCACGAACUUGUUCAAGCUAGGGAAGAAACGGACUCACGAUGAGAUGUCGCUUACGAGCGAUGAUGAUGGGAGGGUGGAUGAAGAAGAAGAUGACGAUGUAGAAGAGGAAGAACAAGAUGAGCAGCAAGCUAGUAGUAGCAGCAGUAGUCUGAAACGUAAAGGCAGUCAGAAACUGGAUAAGAAAGCCCAGAGCAAGCAAAAACGUAAGGAAAAAAGAGCUGGCUCGGAAGGUCCAUCAAGAAAGAGACCACACUCUGAGGCUAGCGAUAUUCAGGCUAGAGAGGAAGAGUUGGACUCAGAAUUGCCAACGGAGUACAGGAAGUUCAGGCCUAGAGGGUUCAAGUUCAACUUACCACCCAAGGACCGUCCCGUGCGUAUAUACGCGGACGGUGUGUUUGACCUUUUCCAUUUGGGCCACAUGAAGCAGUUGGAACAGUGUAAGAAGUCUUUCCCCAAUGUGACGUUGAUCUGCGGUGUUCCAAGCGAUAAGGUGACGCAUAAGCUAAAGGGUUUGACCGUGCUUACCGACAAGCAGAGAUGCGAGACGUUGACGCAUUGCAAAUGGGUGGAUGAGGUGAUACCAGAUGCGCCAUGGGUUGUUACGCCGGAAUUUCUUGAAGAGCACAAGAUCGAUUAUGUGGCUCACGAUGACCUUCCAUACGCCAGCGCGGACAACGACGAUAUUUACAAGCCUAUCAAGCAGAUGGGCAAGUUUUUGACCACGCAACGUACCGAAGGUGUCUCCACAAGUGACAUCAUCACUAAGAUUAUCAGGGAUUACGACAAGUAUUUGAUGAGAAACUUUGCAAGAGGCGCAACCAGACAGGAGUUGAACGUCUCGUGGCUGAAAAAGAACGAGUUGGAGUUCAAGAAGCACAUCCAGGAUUUCAGGUCCUACUUCAAGAAGAACCAAGAAUCGGUCAACAACACCUCGAAGGAUUUGUACUUUGAAGUGAGAGAAAUGCUUCUCAAGAAAACUUUGGGUAAAAAACUGUACUCGAGACUAACGGGGGGGCAAGAGUCUGCUAGAAGAAACAAGAGAAUUGCUGGUGGGUCACCUGUUACGCAAUUUGUUAAGGAUUUCACUGGUGAAGAGGCCGAAUCGCCUGUUAGCGAUAGUGAUGCAGACUUGCAAAGGGCUAGCUCCGCUUCGCCGAAUCAACUCUUCUCCGAUGACGAUGACGACGAUGACGACGAUGAUAAUGAUAAUGAACUUUCCAGUUCAGCUGAGCCUCGCUAG